GCCAGAAACAUUCAUCUGGAAACGUUAUCUUUAAAAUCAUCUUUAAAACUGCUAUCAUGUUCAUCUGUAAAGGUCUCGUGCAUAAGUACAUGUUACGAAAAAGGUAAGAAAGAAUGUGAAACCAAUAAUUUUUGAACUAAGGCUCAACCCUGCUCUUUGUGUUGUUACUGGCAGUAAGUUUUACAUGCUUAAAAAAACAAGUUUUUCGAGAUCCAAUUGUUACAAACAUGCUCAAGAAACGCACACAUAAUCAUUUAAAAUCACGUGAACUCUCUCAAAAGGGGAUGCUACUAUCACAGUCAAGUUCUCGAGCAAGAAUAAACACCGGGUCACACAUGGUGGUUACGAAACAAGGAAGAAAGGAGAUAAUAAUACAAGUCGUGCGUUUGAUUUGUCAGACAUAAAUGAACUUUAGGAUGGUUGCGAUAAGAAGCAAAUGUUGGUCAGUGAGAAACUAGAUGACAGAUGAAUAUUUACCAGAGGCAAGAUACAGUGAAUACGGAUACAUAUAUAGAAGUACACUAAAGAAAUCCUGUCUCCACACUUUAACAAAAAAAAAACAUGGCUGGUGGAGAAACGCGCAUAAUAUUAGGUUUACUUGGAUUCUCCAUAAUCCUGCUUGUCUAUUUAAACACCAGAAGUCAACCACUGAUGCUUAACAAACGUGCAGUUAGCAUUGGAUGUCUCAACUCGUCUUUGGUUUGUGGGCCAAAUGCAUAUUGUUACAAUAACAGUGGAAACUACUCCUGCUCUUGUUGGAGUGGAUAUAAUGUUACAAAGAUGAAUGAAUCUGUCAACAACAAUAACCCAUGCACUGAUGUGGAUGAAUGUCAGCUGUAUCCACCUGUUUGUGGUCCAAACUCCAUCUGCACAAAUGUAAAUGGGAGUUAUAAUUGCUCGUGUUUGAAAGGAUUUAAUGCAACAACCCCAAAUCUCAAAAUCAGCAUUAAUAACACAUGCACAGAUGUGGAUGAAUGUGUUAAGAUUCCUGCGGUUUGUGGUCCAAACUCAAUCUGCAGCAACACUGCUGGGAGUUACAAUUGUUGGUGUAUGAUUGGAUAUAAUGCAACAGACCUGAACCUCCCUAUAAACAUCAGUAACCCAUGCAGAGCCUUAAAUGGAACAGCAACACCAACACCACCAACAACAACAACAACAACAACAACACAAUCAGUAAUUAAAAUGUCAAUGUCAAUGACAAUAGCUCAAGUAUUUGAUACCAGUCUUGCCGCUGAUACUGAAGAGAGGAGAACUCUUUUAAAUAAAAUUCAACCAAUUAUUGACCAAUGUUACAAAACUGUACCUGACUACAUUUCUGGGUCUGCAAAAGUCAAUAAUUUCAGGCCUGGUAGCAUUAUAGUAGACUACACAAUUAAUGCAACAUCUAGCAGCUCUGAUUUUACAUCUGCAAACACACAGCUUGCCAACAGUCUAAAGCUGGCAGGACUCCCUGUGGAUCCCAAUUCUUUCGCUGAAAGUGUGCCAGCACUCCUAUUCAACACCACAAAUAAAAUGUAUCCAAUGCAAAGGCUGGAUCUGAGAUGUACACGCCCAGCGUCUGUUGCGGGAGCAAUAACAUGGACCGUGAAUAAGAUUAAUCCUGCACUAGAUCCGAGAUACUCAAUUAUUGACAGUGACACAGGUAGCACUCUCACUGUGAAGAACGCAAGUGAAAUUGACAGUGGUAGAUACUCAUGUAUCAUAAAUAGGAGCCCUAUACCUUAUAUUCAGUGGCAAGACAUUGUUAUUGAACAACGUCCCAAAAUUGAAGUUGACGCUGAUCGAGUAUUUGAGUGCAAGGAUCAGAUUGUCCAAAUUAAAUGUUGUGCUGCGCUCUACAGUAUUGAGUGGGACCGGAUUCCUGAUGGUGAUCAACUGGGAAAUUCAGAAACUAACUGCCUCAUAUUACAACAUAAACUUCUGAAAAUAAAUUGUGGGAGUGUGGAAACCUUUACAUGUCAACUCAAAGACCUGAAAGAGCUACAAGGUUACAGUUACAGCAGGAAAAGCGUCACCAUUAAUACAAGUGACAAAAGAAUUGACUGUACAAGUGAAACACUUGGAAUUGGACAAAUAGGUGAUAAAGUAAAUGGACCGUGUGAAAAUGGCAGGAUAGGCUUCAUAACUUAUCAAUGUCAAUUAGGUGGCUGGAGGAAGAUACAGAUCGAAUGUGUACUUCCUAUUCUUGCAUCCCUUCAAAGUGAAGUUCAGGUCUUGACUGAGGAAAAAAUUCCAGGGUUUCUGAAAAGCCUCAGUGAUGCCACUGUGAAGAACAGCAUCGACAUUUCACAGUCUGCCUCGGAUGUCAAAGCAAUUGUUGAUAUGCUCCAUCAAUUAACAAUCAUCUCAACAAACAUGACCAUUGAUAAGACUGUGAUGAAUACAUAUCUCAAAACAGUGGAUGUUAUUGUAUCAAAUCAAACUAAUAACAUAUGGGGAGAAUUAAACAAUGGGAACACACCAUCAAAUACCAGCACUGUACUUUUGUUUGCCAUUGAGGUAACAAGCGAUCGUCUGUCAGAUGUGAAUUUUACUUUAAAUGAAUCCUCUAUUCAGUUGGAAAAAACUUUAAUUCAAAACUCAUUCAAUUUAACUUCACAACAACCAAACUCAACUACCCAGAUCAUGUUUUCAGACGUUCCUGAACCGACCUUCGUAACUCUUAUAAUCUUCUCAAAUCUUGACAAUGUUCUACCAACUCGUUAUACUUCUAAAAAUGACAUCGGUACAUUCAAAAACCGGAUCAUUGGCGACGUGGUUGUGAUAAAGGUUAACCAAACAGUUAAUAAUAUUUCUCUUACUUUUGACAUUACGAAUGAGCUACUGGGAAAUCCUCAAUGUGUCUUUUGGAACUUUGAUCUGGACCGAUGGGAUUCCAAUGGAUGUAAAGUCAAGCACUCAGGCAAUGACAGUGUUACAUGUGAAUGCAACCACACAACCUCUUUUUCAAUGCUCAUGUCAAAGAAUUAUAGGGAUGAUAAAGCAUUGUCCUAUAUCACAUACAUUGGUGUAGCUAUUUCAAUGGCCAGCUUGGUUUUAUGUCUCAUUAUUGAGAUAAUCGUAUGGAAGUCAGUGACAGGAAAUGACACGGCGUACAUGCGUCAUGUCUUUGUAGUUAACAUCGCUGUGUCGCUGCUGAUCGCAGACAUCUGGUUUAUCAUUGGAGCUGCAAUUGCUAAACCAGGAGAGUCUACACCGGUGAAUCCCUGCAGUGCAGCGGUUUUCUUCAUUCACUUUUUUUACCUGGCUCUUUUCUUCUGGAUGUUAACUUCAGCCCUUUUUCUCCUUUACCGCAUUACCAUGGUCUUUUCUCAGAUGUCAAGGGCUAAAAUGAUGUUCAUUGCCUUCAUGGUUGGCUAUUGUGCACCUUUGCUCAUAGCAGUUAUUACUGUCGCAUCCACAGCUGGAGCUGGUAGAUAUAUUUGGAUGAGAGAUGAAUGUUGGCUGAACUGGUCUGAAUCUAAGGCCCUGCUGGCAUUUGUGAUUCCAGCUCUGACCAUUGUUGCCUUAAACCUCAUGGUUUUGAUUGUGGUUUUGAUUGUGGUUUUAUAUAAAAUAGUUAGGAGAAAUGACAAUGCUGCAACUCAAACAGAUGAGAAAAACGCCCUUCUUGUCAUUGUCCGAUGUGUGGCCUUUCUGACUCCUACUUUUGGCCUAACAUGGGGAUUUGGAGUGGGAACCAUGGUGUCAGAUGUGUAUGGCCUUCAUGUGGUGUUUGCCAUCCUCAAUUCAUUUCAGGGUUUCUUUGUUUUAGUGUUUGGAACACUUCUGGACAGCAAGGUCCGAAAGUCAUUGGCAGGAAAGUUGAAAUCAAAACUUAGUUCUGACCGUACCAAGAGCACUACUUCUACAGGACCAUCAUCUGCAGUCAAACUGGGUUGCUUUGGAUGGAUGCGGCGUAAAUAUGUUUACCACGUAUCUGAUCCCAAACAUUUCUCAACACCACCAGUAAACAAGACAGGAGUCUCAUCAAGUUAAUAAACUAUAUCCUACUGGAUGUUCUGUUACUGAGUUUGGCUUACAAAAGUUUCAGGAAUAAUUGCUUUAACUCCUUUCCCCGCCAUUGACGAGUUAUCUCCUCAAUUAAGAGAAAACAUUUGCAUGAAAAAAACGUGUUCCUGAUGAGGUUUCAUGGUUAUCUUUAAUACCUCGUUUAUCCACUAGAUUACCCAAUUUAUUAAAAAAACUGAAGCAAAAAAAUAUUUAUUAAUUUUAUACUCUGUGUAUGUUUUGAUAAUCGUUCUGAAUCUGAUUUCUAUCACAAAUGCAAUUAUUUCAGAUUUUUGCUAAAAAUAAUUGAUGAAAAAUACCAAUUUUUAAGAGUUUAUAAGCAGAGAAAAAAUAUACAUAGGAUGAAACGGUUUUUCCUGUUUUUUGUUUUUGUUUUUGUUUUUUUUUUUUGAAAGCAGAGGGUCUGUUCAUUCAUUUGAAAUAUUUGUAUGCCUAUAUAUUUUUAGAAGAAAAUUUUCCUGAAAGGCAUUUUGUGAAACUUUUGUGAAAAUAAAAAAAUAACAAUAAUAAAUGCUGGCGGGCAAUUUUUAAGAAAGGCUGGCGGGGAAUGAGUUAAAAUAGGGUUACAAUGUAAUGUAUUGUGUGAAAGAAAAUUGAAAACUGGUGGUAUGUUUUACUGCAUCUAUGAUACUUGAAUAAACUAUACCAAUUAUAUUUUGUUAAAAUCA